UAAAAAAAGUCUCCAUUGCGGUAGAUUUUCGUGUCACGGAGUUGCGUAAUAGGCUAUAAAGAAUACUGCGAUUUAAGCAGUAUUCUUUUUCAGAAAUAUGCAAAUAAUGUAUCUUAAAACGAUAUGCAUCAUCAUUCAAGAAUCGUGACAUGACUACAUCGGUUUGUCGAUUACACAACGUUGACUACUGAUCAACGCAUCGCUCUAUUGUAUUACGCGCGACAUAGCAUUACGUGUUUUCAUCGGUACGUAGGCUGUGUUCGGACUGUUCCGGCUAAACUCGGAAAUACUCGACGUCUCGUACGACAAGUCACAUAUAAUCGAUACUUUGGAGUAGGACUAGUAGGAGCCCAGUUUAGUUGUCAUCUACGUUCCGUUGUGUUGUUUUUCUUACGUCAAGUGCGUCAUGAGAGUGCGUACGCGUGUAACAUCCAUGUAAAAAAAAAUUAAUCUUGUCUUCGCUCCUUUAUUGUGUUUUCGUCGAAUAAAAUGCACUUUGAAAAUGUUGCAAGAGGAAGCUCUAUACAAGAGCACAUCUCCUCGGAAAGGCGAUGAAAUUCAAAAACUUAAUUUUAUACAAACAUUACCAAACCUGUUAGCUACAGAAACAGAAUCAUGUAUAACACGUGUAAUACCAAAACUGCAGCAGUCAUUAGCUACUGCAUCUACGGAAUUUCACAUUGCAGCUUCAAGUACAUUCAAAACAAUUUUAGAACAGAAACUUGUCAACCAUAAUGUUUUUAGUCGAACAUUCCUUCAAAGUAUCUUAGAUUCACUUGAAAAGCGUGAUCCAGUUAUCUGUCAUGCAUGGCUGGAGACCUUACUGGAUGUGAUAGAGUUACUGCCGAUAGAAACCAUAAGAAAGCAGAUACUUCCAUUGAGUCUAAACAAAGGGCAAUUAUCACAGCCUAUCUAUUCAAGGAUAAUAUGCAGCAAGAUAUUAGGAAAGAUUUGUACAAGAUUUGAAUCUGGUCUGAUACAGAAGGAAGUUCUACCAAUGGUACAUUCCCUCUGUCAGGAUGUAAAUAGUGAAGUACGAGCUAAUAUCUGCUUGCAGCUACGUUUCGUUGCUGAAGGCCUUAACGUUGACACUCUAAAAACCUCUUUGCUACCAUCUCUCGUAGAAUUAGCAAGUGAUGAAGAAAGCAAUGUAAGAUGCGCCGCUGUAGAAACAAUAGCGUAUUUGCUACCUUAUUUUCAAGAAGAAACAAUAAAAACUAUCAUAGUUCCACUUGUUAAAAAAUUAUGUGAAACUUCACAGUCUAUAUAUCACGACAAUAGCGUGAUAUGUAUAAUUUCCCAAGAAUUUGGAAAAAUUGUACUUGGCCUAGAAAAAUGUUUAUUACCCGCGGAAAAAACAUGGUUUUUAAAAUAUUAUCAACAACUUGCACAAAUGGGCAUUGUUAUAAUGAGGAAAGAAUCCAAGCAUCAUAUUCCAUUUAUGGAUAUUGAUCUUGACGAAGACGAGAAAUACGUGGAAUGCAGAAGAUGUUGCGCAUUUAAUCUUCCAGCAAUGUUCAUUUUUGUAUCGAAUUCUCCAGAUGAUACAGAUUCAUUGCUUCUUACAUUCACUGCAUUGGCAAGCGAUCAUUACUAUUUGGUUCGGAGAACUGUAGCGUGUGGAAUUCAUGAAGUAGCCAAAGUAUUGGGUCCAAAAAGUGGACGGAUAAAAACAGAUCUAAUAAAAUUAUUAAAAGAUAAUUCUGAAGAAGUUUUACAAGGUAUAGUUCCUCAUAUAGCAUUAAUUCUUGAAUGUUUGGUUGAAAGUCACGUUAUCGGCAUAGAUAAAAUGGAUUCCAUUGUUAUGGAAAUAGGUAGAGCUUUAUUGAAAUGUGAAUCAGAAAUAGCAGGUACACAUAAUUGGAGAUUAGUAUCUUUAAUACAUUCACAGUUUGAAGUAUUGCCUAAAUAUUUUCCAAGUGAUUUUAUAUAUUCAUAUUUUGUGCCAAUGGCUUUUUUCAGAAUAUUACAUGCUAGGGCAAUACCUAUUCGUCUCUCAUCGGGAAAUCUAUAUCUUAUAUUUUUACGUUAUAACAUAAAACCUGCGCAAAGAGUAGAACUUCGUACUAAAUUAUGUUCAGAAUUGGCCAAUAAUACGAAUUCUUACUCGAGAAUGAUGUUUGUUCGUAUAAUGAUAAAAGCUUUAGAAAUUUUCUCCUCUGCUUAUUUCAAGGAGCAUUUUUAUACUACUUUAUUAAGUUUGGCUGAAGAUAAUAUAGCUAACAUAAGAAUGAAAGUAGUUAAUUUGAUGCCUCAAUUAAAAAGUCUCCUCCGAAUACCGGCUGAUAAAAAAUUGUUAACUAUAUUAGAAACAACGGUGACGCAUUUAAUAAAUAGCGAAAAAGAUAGAGAUGUAUUAAAUUCAUUAACAAUUGUUAUAAAAAAAUUGGACGAGACAAUACUUAAAUAUGAAACCCGAACUCCAAGUGGAGUACUUUCAAAACAAGAAAUUGAAGAUAAUAGAAAAUUUGAAGAAGAAAAGAAAAUAUCAGGAAUGGCAAUUGGAAAAGUCCCAGCUCCGAAAAAAGGCGUAUGGCGACAAGCUGAUUCCUCGAAAGCGCCGCAAACAACCUCCAAAGAUAGCAUAACUUCUCCUCGUCCAUCAACUGAAUCAUUAAAAACAAGAAUUCAACUAACACACCCUUGGGAAAGAAUAGGGUAUACCAACUCAAAUAUUAGUACAACCCAUACUAACUUUGACAAUGGAUCGUGCAGUGAUUAUCUAAUGCAAAAGACUCAGCAAAGCCGAUCGAAAUUAUCAUUGCCCUUUAUAUUGUGGCCGGAAACGUGUGAAUGCAAUUAUGGGGAAGAAUAUACUUUUCAUUCUUGUCCCUCGUCCGAUUAUGCAAAAUCUGUUUUUUUGGCGAUCAUGAGAGAAAAUCGGCGAAGAUCGCAGCAAAAUUUUCUAUUAACUCGAGAUUAUGCUCGCGAAUUUUCCACUAACAUUGCCAGCAAGGACACUGCCACUGUAAGAACGCUUGCAGCUCACUAUAACUCUUGUUGGCCUUGUAGCUCUAUGCCCGAGAUACCGGUAAUGCUGUCGGAUGACGAAUUCCUUGUGGAUGCUGGUAUCAGGAUUCCGGUGCAAUUCUCUCAGAGUACUUCCAAGAUACCACAUUUACAAGAUUCCAUAUUUGGUAAGAGAAGAACCUCGUUCAAUCAUAUUCGGCCUACUGGCAUGAAUUUCGAUAAAGGAAAGCCUAAGAGAAAUUCUUCCGUUGAAUACGAAGAUUGUAUAAAAAGAAGAACCAAUACUGAUCAAUCUAAUCAUGCCAGAACUUCCAUCGAUUGCGAGGAUGGAUUAAGAUUGGUGAAGGAAAAUCAACAGCUUGGUAAGAAAGAUCCUGUAUAUGUUGGUCCAUUGAUAAGAUCGAGAUUUGGAUUCGGUGUAAAUCAAGAUAGGACGAUGGACGACAAAAUGAAAAGACGAAAUUCGUUAAUAUUAGAUAAAGACAAACCGAAAGUUGUACAGUCAAAGUGUACGUUAGACAGGACUAAAAGGAAUUCUGUAAAUUUCGAGAAAGGAAAGCCUAAAAGAAAUUUUUCGGCCGAGUACGAAGAUGGUAUAAAACGAAGAACCAAUGGUACUAAUCAUAUGAAAGGUAUACGAUUACGAUCGAUUGAUUAUGAAGAUGGUUUGAGUUUAGUGAAGGAGAAUCAACAGCAAGAUAAAAAAGAUCACUUAUAUCUUGGACCUGUGAUGAGAUCGAGGUUUGGAUAUAGCGUGAAUCAAGAAAGGGCAAUGGACGAUAAAAUGAAACGACGAAACUCAUUGAUAUUGGAUAAAGACAAGCCUAAAAUCGUCCAAACAAAGUGUAUGCUGGACAGGACUAAACGACAUUCUGCAAAUUUUAGUUUAAAAAUGUUGGAUACAAAAGAGACUAAAACUACUUUGAAGGAUCAGCAUAGCUUAGAAGUGACCGACUAUACACCGUCGGAACGAUUAAGCAGAGCUUUAAGACGAUAUUCGACAUUAGAUGUGAAUCAUAAUCAGGGACAUAGCAAAAUACCCUUAAGAAGUUUUGUACGUCGUAGUAGAACUGCACCUGCCACUAGGGCUUCCAGCCCUGUGGGCUCACAAUUUAGGUACGAAGAAAUCGAUAAGCUGUGCCGAAAAUUCGAGGAGUAUCAACUCUAUUAGUGUAAUUACAUCAAACGCAUUUACAUAUAAAAGGAGA